GUCACAGCUACCAGGAAGCGAUGUGUAAACAGGACGAAAUGACUUUACGCUACUUUGUAGUAACUUCGGCCACAUUAUUGACACUUAGAUAUAAGCUAUAUCUUUAUAAUGGAGCCUCGAGACUCGUGUAGCUGCUUCACGUGACCAUGUGUUGAAGUGAAGGACAACUUUCAGACAGACACCAGCAUGAUCAAACACACGCUCCAUGCCUGCAGACGUGCCCUCUCUCCCGGGCUGCGCUGCUUCUCUCAGACUUCCGGCGGCGAAAUAAUUGAGGAUUUAUUUGAGCGGACAGGCUCUGCACAUCUCACGAAGCAGGCGUCUCUCUACGUGCACUGGCCCUACUGUCUCAGACGGUGCUCCUACUGCAAUUUUAACAAGUAUAUACCCAGAGAGAACAAUGACCACAUGAUGACUGAGUGCCUUCAGAGGGAGACUGAGACACUGCUGCAGCUCAGUCAGGUGUCCUGCAUUACCUCAGUGUUUUUUGGUGGUGGGACUCCAAGCCUGGCUCCACCCUCAACCAUUGCUGCAGUCCUUGAAACUGUUUCCAGGCGGGCGCAUCUCUCGGAUAAAGCUGAGGUCACGCUCGAGGUCAACCCUACUCCUGUUGGAAAGUCAAAGUUAGAGGACUAUUGGCGUGCAGGGGUGAACCGAUUCUCCAUCGGCGUCCAGUCUUUGCAGGAUGAGGAUUUGAAAGUUCUGGGAAGAGACCACAGCUCCCAUCAGGCUUUGCAAACUGUAGAAGAGGCCAGGAGGCUGUGCCCCGGGAGGGUGUCGGUGGAUGUCAUGUUCGGGCGACCCAACCAGAGCGUUGAAUCCUGGGAGAAUGAGCUGUGCGAGCUGUUGAGAGUGUCCGAUGACCACGUGUCUCUGUACCAGCUGACCUUGGAGCGAGGCACCCAGCUGUUUAAACAGGUGCAAGCAGGAAAGGUGACAAUGCCCGCUGAAGAGGUGACAGCAGAGAUGUAUCAGUGCGCCAGGAGGAUUCUCCACCAGCAUGGCUUCCUGCAGUAUGAGGUGUCUAACUUUGCAAGAAAUAACGCAGUGAGUCAUCACAAUACGAGUUACUGGAAGGGAAGACAGUACAUCGGUGUCGGCCCAGGAGCACAUGGACGGUUUGUUCCUGUGGGGGAGGGAGGUGUCAUCCGGGAGGCGCGGACCCAGACCCUGGAGCCUGACGUUUGGAUUCGUGAAGUCCAGCAGAGGGGACAUGGGACACGGAGGCGGAUUCGCCUCAGCCAUCUUGAACUACACGCUGUCCUUGUGAAAGGCUAUUAUCAGACUCGUCCCUUCACUCAGUGUGUCCUGUCCUUGUCAUUAUCAACAUCUAGUCACUGUUCUCAUGAAAGCUGUUUCUUUGGUAGAUUGGAGGAGGUGUUGGUGAUGGGAAUGAGAAUGACCCAGGGCAUUCAUCACAAGCACUGGGAGCUGUUUAGUCCUCAGCUGGGCCUCCAUGAUGUCUUUGGAACAUCCAGCGAUGUCCAAGAGUUGCUACAGAGCGGACAACUCAUUCUUGAUGACAGAGGCCUGCGAUGCUCCUGGGAUGGACUGGCCUUACUGGACAGCAUGCUGCCAGCUCUGCUGGUGGAGCUGGAAAGACAAAUCAGUCAGAGGCUACACAGGGACCACCACUGUGCUGAUGGACAAACAAAGAGGACUUCCAACCCACGAUGACAGUAAUGUUGAUAGAGCGGAUAACUUCAGCAAAAGUUUGUGGGUUACACUGACAGGACAUGUGAAAAAUCCUUAAAACAGGCAGAUUCAUAGGUCAAGUCUGACUUAUUUAUUAUUUAUGUUUAAUAUUGAGAUAGCUUGGAUCUUUUGAAGUGUGGUUGUAUGAGGUACUUGGCCAUAGUCAGCGUAUUAUAUAAAGAAAAUGUUGCUCAGCAGGCCCCCAGUUUAGACAAGCAAGUAGAAGUACCAUCAAAGAAGCUAAAUAAUUUACUGUUGUGGAUGGGGGCAGCAGCAAAACAUAUUUAAGCCACAUAAAUAAGGCUCACCUACUGUGAUGAGCACAUAGAUGGGCAACUGAAGCCAUUAACAGCUUUCUUGUCAAGACCUGUCUGAUUCGGAUAAUGCAGUGAAAAUAUUCUGAAUAUAGCAUACACAUAAACUUUUAUUGAUUCUUUGAAGUGGGCCUUUUUUAGCGGCUAAAAUAAGUCUUGUUGCCAACCCUGUCCACAGCAGUGCAUUGCCUAGCUUCUGUGUUGGUACACCUGCCUGCUUCUCCAAAUCGGGGAUAUGCAAGCCACCAUCUACUGCAUAUAUAAUACACUGACUAUGAAUAAGUACCUCAUAAAACCCCACUUUUAAAGACUGGAACUAUACCUUAAAGCUCUCUUAAGGCUCUGGAGCUGCAUGUGGCUCUUUAGCCCCUCUCCAAUGGCUCCCUGUGGCUUUGACAAAAAAAAAUUAUAUGGAAAUGAAUAACAGUUAUUUAUUUAACAUUUUAAUUUGUGUGUGUCAGUGCUUCAAGCCUACAAAAAUUCUUAUAUUCCUCAACUGUAAAAAUGUGAAGCCUCUAUACCAAAUAAAAUUGUUUUAACAUUUCAGCAGCUAAAAUGUGCGUACACAUUUUCCUUGAAAUUUUGCUGAACCUCAAUAGCAGUGGCUAGCCUUGAGUCUCUCAAAUCCAAAACAGUAAAAGUCUCUGAAUACAAUAGAGAAUUUAGUAGUGCCUGGAAAGAUUUGUUUGCUUUCACUGCCAGCUCUGCAGACUUAAAGUACCAAACAAUCAUAAAUAGUGCCCUGCAGAGUGGCCACCUUAUGGUAAACAUGAAUGAAUGCUCAUUUAGACUAUAAGUAUAGGCUAAUUUAUACUUGAUAGGCUGUUCUACCUUCAUUAAAAGCCUUUAAUAUGUUUUGCGGCUCCACUCAGAUUUUUUUAAAUGAUUAUUUUCGGUCAAAAAUGGCUCUUUUGAUAGUAAAGGUUGCUGACCUCUGUCUUAAAGGCUUUGCCAUUUUUCACAUUGUAUUGAGUUUUUCCUCCUCUGUGUUACGCUGCUGUAUAGAUGACAUGUACAGAGAAAUAAAACAGGCCCCACGGGCUUUUAUAUUAUAUUGACUCUGUAUCAUACUGUAAUAACUGCCAUCACUCUUGUUUGGAUGAGAACAUAAUGUAUUCUAUUUUUAAAAGCCUCCCAGUACUGUCACGCAGUUAUUGUUUGUGCGACAUUUCUCAUUAAGGUAUUGUACUGCCAUCCAAACAUAAU